AUGGCAGCAAAAGUCGCGACCCACUGGAUGCAAGCCUCCGUGGUCAUCUUUUUCUGCCUAGCUGAAGCCCAGCCUGCUUCAGCAGCCUCGGAGACUGUCAGAAAUUAUUAUGACACCCUCAAUGUUGAGCGAACAGCAACAGACAGCCAGAUUAAAAAGUCUUUCCGUAGACUGGCUGUGAGGUACCACCCUGAUAAAAACAAAAGCGCCGAUGCAGAGACGACAUUCAGAGAGAUUGCCGAAGCCUACUCGGUGCUCUCUGACAAGGAGAAAAGGAGGUUGUAUGACCAUAUGGGCCACGAAGCUUUCCUACAAAAAGAGGCCUCUGUUGACCCUGACGAUGAGGAUGAGACAAGCUUCCCCUUUAGCUUCUCAGACUUCUUCCGGGACUUUGAUGAUGAUCCCUUUGUGGAAGAGCCACACUUCCACUGGAGCGUUCUUCAGGAGGAGGAGUAUUUUACCAGUUUUGAGGGGCCUAACUUCAGCUUUAGUUUUGAAUAUGAAGAUGAAAAUGAGGAGGAGACCUACUAUUAAAAAUUCAAAAUGAUUUUCUUGUACUGAAUUUGCUUUUUUUUUAUUGAUAAUAAAGUGUAUUUAUCAACUUGUA